CCAGAAUAAAACAACUCUUAUACUCGUACUCGCCCUGGUUCUGUGCUAUUUUAUUAGCACUGUUAGCUUUGUCUUCUGUUUAUUUCGGGCCAUCGCAUUCGGUUCGGCUCCAAUAAAAUCAGUGGUUUAUGACUUGUUUGUACCAAAACGCAAGGGACAGACAAGAUCCUUGCCUUGCUAGAGCUUGUAGGGCGGCAAACCUUGCACAUUGCAAACUGCCGGGCUUACUCGCGUCUCGACCUCAACCUGAUUUCGACUUUGCAGUUAACUUAUCACAUAUUGCCCUGCUGGAUUAAGUAGGAAAUUGUUCCCCAGCCCUACAAACUGCGAAGGACACAGAUCUUUUUGGGCACAUACGCACAUCCUCAGACUUUGGACGAACCGAACACACUCCCGGCCCUUGCGCGUCAUUACCUUGGCGGAUCGAAGCGCUUCCACGUACCCCGCCACAGUAGGCGCGACUAAGAAGGGAACUCAAUCCCAUCCAUCGUCAUUGCUCUCACCCACUCGACCCUAAGGAACCUGGAGACGUCAGCACUUGGCUUUUUUUUUUUUUUUUGCUGCAACCUCGGCGCCAUUAUUUGCUAGAUUUGCUGGCGCGAGCCUUCUUUCUCAACACAACAAACACGCACAUACACUCGGCAGAUAUCAUGGCAUCCUUAGCAGCGCCUGAAAACGGCACAGCCGUCAAGGAGAACGGUGCGGCUCAUGAGAAUGGUGCGGCCACCGGCGAAACGAGAGAACUUCCGGUCCGCACAAUUAGCACAAAAUCUAUACCACCACCAGGCCAGUCGUUAACUGGCAAGCAAGAGCAUUACCUCAAACGUGAACUCGUCGCCGAACAAGUCAAGAAAGAAAUCUCAGAGCUCAACUCGCCAACGGCAUUGCGCCGAUUUGGUGCCCCCUUCAAAUCAGACCUGGGUGAAGUCUCACCACUAGACUCCGACCUCCCAAUCCUCCGAUACAUCUUUGUCCAUCAUGUGCGCGAGUUCCCGUUCCUCGACAAGGCGAGGGAAAAGGAGUUUUGGCAGGACAAGCUGCAGGUCUUCCUCGAGUCCUUUGCUAGUAAGAACAUUUCGUCCUCGGAGGACCGUCUGGAGGAGACCAAGAGGCGCAAGCUUGCACUCAAGGCGCAGAAGCUGGUUGAGCUCAUGAUUGUAUCUGGCGUACCCACCUCAUCGGGCUACGAGGAGCGUAUAAGAUUUUCCGAGCUCGAGGUUGUGGACCGUGAUGCCAUUGACACAGGUGUUCUGUCGACCAUGCCCGAAGGCAACUACCUCAACGGCUGGGAUGUCAAUGUGUGCGCUGUCCGCAUCAGCUCGACCAAGAGGAACAUCAGGCACCACAAGCAUGCAGAAUUCAUCCUGCGCGUAAAGAGGAAAGGCGAGAUGGAGCAUUUCGUCGCGCGCAGAUAUGGUGACUUUUCUAAAAUGCGUAAUGCCCUGCGGACCGAGCUUCCAGGAAAGAUUCUCCCGCCAUUGCCGAAGAAGAACAAGAGCAACACGUCGGCUGCGAGCAUUCUUGGUAACUUCUCGCGCAAAGAUGAUGACGACAACUCCUCGGUGUCGUCCGUCUCGACACAAAUGACAGGCAAAGAUGGCUCCGAUGGCGGUAAAACUUUGUCUGUCAGAAGCCUCGCAGGUCACAGGAGGAGUGCCUCGUUGUCCGGUCGGGGGUCACCUCGUGUUUCUACGGAUGGUCAACGUAGCCCUGGCCACAAAUCAGACACUGUAUUGUUUCGCGAGAAUCAAAGAAUCUCGUUGAGAGCGUUUCUGCGAUCGUUGUUGCAGAACACCCAACUGGCCCACACUAAAGCUAUGCAGGAAUUUCUUACUCGUGACUCGAUAACGCCAACCGACGAUGAUAUUAGGGACAUUAUACGAAGAAAGGAAGUUGACGAGAAGCGCAUGGAGGAACAAAAGAAGUUUUACGACAUUGCACGGAAACGGGCAGCCGAGUUGGAUUCAUACAUGGAACAGUUCCGCCAAGAUAUCGUCGAGCGCAAUGGCCUUACUAUGCUUUUCCAGGAGAUCAAAGAGAAAGAGACCAUUCAGGACCUAAGCAUACAAUACCAAAAGUUUGCAGAAUGGCUGCGGAUCGAGGUUGCGGCUACCAUUUACCAUCUUUUCCUAGCUGAGGAUAACUCCCCAGAGCUGUUUGCGCAGGCCAAGAGGAUACACUCCCUUAUGCCAUAUACACUCAUGAAGAAUGCAAUUCGGAUCGCAAACCCAGCGGCAGUCAUGUCGGGCAUCCUCGACAUUUUCCUAGCGCAACCGUUUGGCACGCGAUCGCUGUUACAGCGAAUCUUUUCAAUGACGCUAAAUGACGGCAUCCGAAAUUUCCAAAAGUCGAUCGAUGCGCUCGCGGCUAGGAUCGACGACCAGCUUUUUGUGGACAAGCUGAAGAAGUUUACCGAGGCUGAGGAGCAUAUCAAGUUGGCGAUUCGCGAGGAGGCUGAGGCUGAUGACGUCGACAUAGUCGUGGCAAUCUUGCGAUCUGAGCUGAUUGAGCCUCCGUUGACGGCUGAGCAGAUUGGGAGGCUCUACAAUGCAUACGUAGCUUUCAACAGCGCCGUGGAGAACGUCGACGAGGAGCUCAAGCAAGGCGCACAACUCUUCUCGUACUUGAAGCAAAUGCUCAAACUUCAAUUACGGCAACGCGACAAGGAAAUGAUGUUGCAUUUGAUCGAGGAACCAGUAACUCUUCAGCUGUUCAGAGAUCUGUUUACGAUAUUCUACGAGCCUUUGGUCCGUGUGUACAAAUCAGCCAACGUGUACAAUAGUAUUACAGAUUUUGCAAUGUUUGUGGAUGACACGAUACAGGUUGUUGAUCAAUGUCGCGAGCAAGAUGCCUCAGCCGAUCCCAACCAGACUGUACAGGCAUUCAUUGAUCUUUGCCAACGACACGAGCACAACUUUUACAAGUUUGUUCACGAAGUGCACACACAUGACAAUGGGCUCUUCACGCAGCUCAUGGGUUGGAUCGAAGGCAUUCUGGAGUUCCUUAGGCACGGACCCAAGAAUGGCACUCUCGAUAUCAACGCGCUGUUCGAGGGUGGUAUUAGCACGGGGGUUGUGGACAAAGAAAAGGCGAUUGCGGAGAUCAACCAACUGAUCGCAUGGCAGGAGGCGCGCAAAAAGUGGCACCAGGACAAGACGCGGCAGAAAAUGGCGGCCGAGGGUGGCGUGGACGGCACCGUCGGUGUGCCGGUGGGAUUCAGGUCGAGCGACUUUGGGCUUGACCAGAUGGACCUGCAAGACAUGGCGUACGACGACGACAGCGGCACGGACGAGGAGGAUGCCGAGAUCGAGGACGAGCUGGACCCUGUUGAGGCCGAGCGCAGGCGCAGGGCCAAACAGCGUGAUAGGCUGCGGAGGAGGGCAGGCGAGCCCGAGAAACCGGCCAUUUCAGAGGUGCACAAGCUGAGAGAAAACUUCCUUUCGAUGCUUCGGAUGGUUUUGGCUGAGUAAUGGGAUAUUAUGGGAACGAACCUGGACAAGAUUGGUUAUUCGGGGCUUUUUUCUUUUGGUUUAUGUUGAUAGUUGGGGUUGGAACAAUACCAAGGAUAUGGGUGUCUUGGUUUUUCGGAGAACACUUAACUCUUUGCAGUGGGGAUCGUUCUUUCACCGGAGCACAACAUGGUUUUGUGGGCGCUGUAUAAUGUGCAGUAUAGAGGGUACAUAUCUGCGUGGCGUUCCAUAACUUGCAUCAUUCUAAUAGUGUCAUUCUGCUUCAAUGAGUAGUUUGCAAAGUGGUUCAGUUGGGCAGCAAAGAACUUUUUGCGG